AUGUUCAUCCAAUAUCUCACAGAACAAGGGCAUAACGUCGUCAAAUCCGAACGAAAACCACGAAAGCUCAUCCAAUACAAAGAUCUAGCUACGGCGGUUUCGCGAAUCGAUAAUCUAGAAUUCCUCUCCGACGUUAUCCCCAAGACCACCACCUAUAAACAAUUCAAGGAAAAAAAGGCCAAGGAAGCCAUCCGAGAAGCCGAGAUCGAGAAAGGACAGCGCACAUUGAAUGGAACGGUACCGCAUGCCAAUGGAGAGUCAGAGCAUCAGGAGGAACUACAAGCUAUAGAAGAAAAACCAUCGAAGAGCCCUCGGACGCCAGUGGUCAUGCAUGCGACUGGCGCAGUGAGCACGUUGGUGGUCGAUCGAACUGUUGACAAUCAGAGCAGGGGAGACGACGGGGAUGUGGAAAUGGUCGACCAGUGA